GGUGCAACCCUCCAAUACAGACAUGUCGAAGAAUCAGGAAGUCAAGCGCUACGGUCCCAACGUCAACAAGGAGACGCUUGUGUACGGCGUGGUGCACAUCUACGCCUCCUUCAACGACACCUUCGUGCACGUGACAGACACCUCCGGCCGCGAAACCUUCGUGAAGGUGACCGGUGGCAUGAAGGUGAAGGCCGAUCGCGAUGAGUCCUCGCCCUACGCCGCGAUGCUCGCCGCGCAGGACGUCGUCGCCCGCUGCAAAGAGUGCGGCAUCAAUGCCCUCCACGUGAAGAUGCGCGCGACCGGCGGUGUGGGCACGAAGAGCCCAGGCCCGGGCGCCCAGGCCGCCCUCCGCGCGUUGGCCCGUGCCGGCAUGAAGAUCGGCCGCAUCGAGGAUGUCACCCCCAUCCCCACGGAUUCUACCCGCCGCAAGGGCUCUCGCCGUGGUCGCCGUCUGUAAGGGAGCCGGGAAGCCGCGGAGGCGCAUGGAAUCGGUUCUUUGCCCUUUUUUGAUUUACUAUUGAUUUUCUAACAACAA